AUGGACAAGGAGGAACUCCCGGGGGCGGCGGCGGCCGGUGUUAUGCCGCCUAGCCUGACGAUCAGAACAACGUUUAAGCGGGCUCACACCUUUGCGGAGGUGAGCAAGGCGGUGAAGUCGCUCUACGCUUCCGUGUCGCAUGGGAAUGCUUCUGUCAACACGCUGGCCAGCGCCUCAAAGACGCGCCACCACGGCGAGGGAGCGACGGUGGAGGGGGGCGCGAAGAUGUUGUGCGUAUGGGACGUGGACGACACGUUGGUCGCCUCGGGAGUCCCUGGGGUGCGUCAGUGCCCCAUGUUCGCCGACGAUGAGCUGACCGGCCUCUUCCGUAGCUGCCCUGCCAGGCACCUGUUGCUGUCGCAGGGCAGCGUGGAUGACGUGUUUGCCCCCGCCCCCGCGGGGAAGCUAGAGUUCCUGGCGCCCUUUUUCCUCUCGGGCGGUAACCCUCUCGGCAGCCACGUAGGCAAGGCGCUGCCAGGCUGCGGCAACCUGUUUGUGUGCUCAACGCCGCCAAAGGUGCGGCGUCCCGGCGGCACAGGCCCGGCCAGUAGUGAUGGCGUAGUUGUGCGCAUCGCCACCAGCCGCGCCCCGCGAGAGCAGCCGGGGGACGCGGAGAGUUUUCUUAGCGAAACGGCAGAGCCCCCGCGGUGCUCAAGCGAUGUCCGUUGGCUGGUGAUGCGGUCUUCUCUGUGGGGCAUCUCACUCGCAAGUCUCUCCAACUUCGUUGCUCCGUCGGCACACACUGCCUUUUUUGAUGGCUCUGUAUUUCACAAGAUGGACAUUGUGCGGUCACUGGCGGCAAGCGGGUUUUGGGACGCCGUAUUUUUUAUCGACAAUGACUUGACAGAGAUCGGCCUGGUGCGCCCAGGGCUUAACGUCGAAGACUACUACCGCAUGCAGAGCCUGGGAAGGAUGUCGCGUUUCUUUCAGUCCGACCUGCUCCUGCUGCAAGUCUCUGCGGAGUUGGCAGAGCGGAAACACUGUAUGGAGCACUCUGUCUCCAAUGGCGAGUCCUUGAGAGGGGAUGCCUCCGUCAACUCAAGAGACGGCAAAAAAGCGAGUGAGAAGAAAAAGAAAAAGGGCUGCGUCAAUGCGGAGUUCCUGCAUUUUGGACUUCCAGAUGUGUUAAACGUCGGCGGCAACUCGGCAUCCUCGCUGACGCGCUUGCAUCAGCCCUCCACACGCGUGGUGGAGCUUUACCUGGCACACCUGCACUUUGACGGGCCGCGGUACCGCCGCAUCACGAAGGCGAGUCAGGUCGCCAUCGACACGGGCGCGAAGGAGCUAUGGCACCCGGUGUUUCGCACCGGCCCGGCGUGCAAUGACGAGGACUACGCCAAGUUGAUGGCGAGCUUCUCUCUCUACGAGGACGAGGUGCGAAGCUACGGGCUGGAGGCCGAGCCGCAGCUCUCGCCGGUGCCUGGGUGGGAGCCCAGCGUCGACGUCGUCACCCGCCCGAUAUACGCUCGACCGCCGUUCCCCCGGCGCCUCGCCCACCAGUACCGCAACAUAUGCCACCAGAUUACGACGAACCUGAUUGAGCCGUGCGGCCGACGCCUGACCGAGGAGCAGCAGUACGAAUUGAAGAAGGAGGCAAACAAUCUCUAUCGGCGCCUCAUUCGUCGACAACCGGUCAUUGACCCGAUGCUCACCGCAAACUUGGCGAGCUCGUUGUUUAGCGCCUUUACUGCGGAGCAUCGCCUGCCCCGGAGCCUGGGCGAAAUAUUGAAGAAAGACCUUGACGCGCUUAUGGAGGGCACACUACCUGAAGAGACGGUCGCUUGUAGUGGAGACGUACGCAGCUAA